AUGCAUACACUACUGGUGCGAAUUUUGGAACACCGACAACUUUCACAUGCUGGACAGCUCUUUACUAUAUCCGAUUAUGACGUCAUUACCGAUUUGCAUCGAACGUUGGCAAAAAUCAAAUCAAUCUUUAAUGCGCCUGACUACUGCCACAAUGCAAACGAUCAAAGUGUCGUUGAAAUCGUUUUAGCUCGGAUCACUGCUGCAAUUCGUGAAAUGAACAGCAUUGAAACCUAUGCACCAGCGUUAGUCGACACACUCGGCAGCUGUUUGAGCCAUGAGAUGACCGCUCCUGAUUUAAGUGGCGUUAUUAUGAACACGCCACAUUGUAAGAUUGCUUGCGAACUUCUCAAUAGCCUUUUUCUUCAUUACAAUAAAAAAUCGGUGAUGACAGUAACAGUGCCAACAGCAAUACGGGCAUUGAGUUGUGGAAGUGAUGAGUUAACUCGAAAUACUACCGGGUAUUUGUCAUUGGCCGCUAUUCAUAAUGGACGUCUUCUUGCACAAUACUCCUUACAAAUUAUCACUAACAUACUUAGUGGUAACUUCUCAUUGGUGAGGGUAAUUCCGCAGCUUUAUCCGGAGAAUCGUGAACCCUUUCAUGCUCAUUUUACGCAGAUUCUCAAAUUGCUUCAGAAUGAACAAACGGAUCAGUCAGAGCGCCUGUCUAUUCUGCAGUUUACAUCUAUGGUUGCCAACGCCAAUCCUGAUCUAAUUCUCAAACAUCUGGAUGAUCUCGAUAUUUUUCUUUUUCACCCACCCACUCGCACCGCUGUCCUUCACAUUUUCCUGUCGCUUAUCUCACUGAACCGAACAUUUGCUCUAGUUCCACACCUGGAUGCACUACGUCGAGCUGCUAAAACAGCAGAUUCGGACAAUACUCUGGCAAUAAUGGCCAAAAUAAUUGGCGUUAUUGGAAGGAAUGACAGUAAUACAGCACAUAUUGCCGUAGAUGAUCUGAUAGCAAUGAGUUGUCGGCUUUCUGGCUCUCUUCCUACUAUACUCAAGGAGAUUGAAGGUGUGGCGGAAUGUUUCCCAGCUGCAGUAUAUCCGCAUCUUGCUUUUAUACGUUCCAUACCAGAAACGCUUCCUUCCACAUCGGCUGUUUGCGCAAGGAUCCGAGCACUUAGCAGAAACGGUUAUUUGUAUCCAGCAGGAUGCCGUGAUGAUGCCAUGAUAGUUAAUGUUGCCGGUAGUACGGGCGUGCAGCACUCUGAUGAUUCUCUUGUCUCCAAGCUAUCCUCCAAGAUCGAUGCUCCUAUCAUUUCAAGCGGUGUUCGUACAAUGGUAAAUAUCAGUGAUUCGGCAGAAUUCUCGGCACAAGAACUCGAUAAGAAUACUGAGAAUUUGGCAAACGCAUAUAUGUGUAGUAGGUUACGAUCCAGUUGCUCUCUCAUUAAUCAAACCAGUCGGUCAUAUGGUAGCUUGAAUCCAUACAUUGAAAAUAUAUCAGCUACCGAAACAACAUCCCGCGAUUCUCCAUUAUCCAUAAUGUCAUCACAAAGCAAUCGACGUAGUAAUGGUGUCGUUUUUGUACCGAUAUGUCCACCACCAUCUUACCAACCUCCAAAAGGGCAAACAGUGCAGCAAAUUAUCUCUUCGCCAUUAUUACCUACUACCGUACAGAUGGGUAAGGAUGGACGAGUACGUCCAGUUGCAAUGCAUCAGCGCCGAACGAACGCCGCGCAAUGGAUGCCAUUGCCGGGAGGGCGACCUGCUACCACGAUAACAACACCGUCUCUUGCAACAAUUGUAGCCGCUAGUGCUCCCAGGACUGCAAAAGCAGUUACGGAAACCACUUUUCCCGUAAAUAAUAGCCUAAUUAGUUCUAAAUCAGCUUUCGGAAAUUCUACUCCUAUGAUAGCACCACGCUCUGUACUGGAGGAUCGUUUAUCAACAAGUCAUGCUGGGACAGCAACAAAUGAUGUAUCAAUGGAUACUGUUACCGCGUACCGAAGAGAGCAGAUACAGUCCUUGGAUGUGAUAGGUCGCGGAGACGUGGUACUGAAAUUUGUCGAUCAUCGCCGAAGUAAAAUACAAAAUUACAUACAUAAUAUCAAUAAAACAUAUCCAAUACCAGUACUUUGUAUCGCUGAGAGUAAUAAAGGAGUAAAACAUCGAAUACGGGUUCAUUUCCGAUGUGAAGUGGCCGAUGACCACUGUGUAUAUGAUUCAGAUCAAAUUUUCAGUUUUAAAACUCAUUGCGCUCCUAUAUGGCUUCAUCUUAUGUUCUUGCAGAUGGAAUCAGUAAGCAUCGAAACAACUGGUCAAGUAGUUGCUCAGUGUUCUGAAGCCUACCAGGCACUAUCCAGUUGCUGGAGUUCACUUCCUUCUACACAAACUCGGAACCGUCCGUUUCUGGAGCUUGUAACUUCUGCGUUUCCGGCUUACAAGGAACAGCAACAAAUUUUGAAAGAACUUCUCGAUGCGCAUUAUUUUGAUUCAUUUUCCUACAAUACGGUGUUGCAGAAAUGGUCUUGCUUUAGUUGUAGCCAUCCAGAACGUGUUAGGACGAUUUUACGACCGGAUUCGCCACAUUUGCCAGUUCUUGAAGGUCAACUGAAAGAGAAAAGAGGAAGAUGGAAAUUCCUAAAACGUUGGCAUACCAAAUAUUUUACAUUAUCUGGCUCUGCAUUAAUUUGCCGAGAAGAAAUCUCAAAUCCAGCAGAAGACAAAAUUAUCUCGCCAGCCCUUGAUUUACGAAAGAUACGUUCCGUAAAAUCACUCGGCAAAGGAAGAAAGAGCCGUAAAUCACUACCCAAAGCAUUCGAGAUAUUUACCGAUGAUGAUAUUUCCUACGUCUUAAAGGCUAAUGAUCAAAGUAAAGCUGAAGAGUGGAUACAAUGCUUACAAAUAGCUGUAGCUCAAGCCCACAAGGAACGAUAA